GCUGGCUACGAUCAGCUGACACGGUUUGACAAAAGUUCUUUAACAAAUCGCUCGGCUCUAGAACUGCCUUACAAAGAAAUGAAAACUCUGCACUCGGAGUGCUUAGCCUAGUGUCAGAGAAGGCUGGGCCGAGCCGUGGGAAGGACGUGUGUGUGUUUUACAGUGAAGGAAUAUCAAGAGUUCGGUAUAAUAUGACAUAGGUCUGAGGUGUUCAACACAACUACACAGGUUGCGUACAGAUGCUGGAAAGGUCUCGUGUGCAUAAUUGAUACGGACGACCGAGCGACCUGCUACUACCUACCACUGUUUGGAAAGUACAUGUACAGAGGACCCGUAUCACAUCGAGGGAUCGGGGAAGUGUAUUGGCCACGAUUGACUGUAAGCCAAUAACAGAUGUAGGGUUGAAGGAGAUAAAAUUCCCAGCACCGUCCACACAUUGAUCUAGCAACGCUAUACAUAGUUGAUUGUUCAGAUAUCAACCCUCUUUAGUACAUGAUAAAAAGUUAUAUUUUUGUCAGAAUUUUUUAAUGUGUAUUUAUGAAAGAGUGAACAUUCCUUAAAACUGGUUCUUUGAGAAGUGAGUGUUCUCAUGUUAAGGUAGACAGCGAUGUCGGUGGAUGUUUUACAACCUAAAUUUUCACCAGGACCAAACUUCAACUAUCCUCAUUUUCCACGUUCACAUAUGAAGGAAAACAGAGGAACACAGGUCGAGACCAGACCACACAGAAAUACAGAGGACUCAAACAGCAAAACAAAUGUCAAUCACUUUGACCCAAACUGUAUUAUAUACGACUCCACGUCGGAUACAACAUAUCUACGGGGACGACUAUUAGGAAAGGGUGGAUUCGCACGGUGCUAUGAAUUGCUGAAUUUAAACACGAAUAAAGUUUAUGCGGGAAAAAUUGUUUCCAAAACGAGAAUAGCAAAACCCCACCAGAAACAGAAGAUUAUUCGAGAGGUUGAUCUACAGAGAAACUUGAAACAUCGAAACGUCGUAGAAUUCCAUAGCUUCUUUGAAGAUGAUGAGUUUGUGUACCUGGUGCUUGAGAAUUGCAGUAGAAAGUCGCUUGUGCACAUGCUCAAACACCGGAAAAUGCUCACAGAAAUCGAAGUUAGGUACUACAUGCGUCAAUUGGUAGAAGGCAUCAAGUACAUCCAUAGUCAUAACAUCAUACACAGGGACCUCAAACUGGGAAACAUGCUCCUCAACGAAAACAUGGAACUCAAGAUAGCAGAUUUUGGACUAGCCACAAAGAUUGGAUACGAAGGAGAAAAGAAAAUGACGGUAUGCGGCACACCAAAUUACAUUGCACCUGAGGUACUCCAGAAAAGAGGUCACAGUUACGAAGCGGAUGUUUGGGCUCUCGGAUGUGUAAUGUACGCCUUAUUGGUAGGACGUCCCCCAUUCGAGACGUCAACAUUAAAGGAAACGUAUGUAAGAAUCACCGGAAAUUCUUACGUAUUGCCCAACACGAUAUCCGGUCCUGCCAAAAAUCUUAUCCAAAAGUGUCUCACACCUGAACCAGAGCUACGUCCCAGUCUAGAUCAGUUUCUGAUAGAUGACUUCUUCACUUCCGGUUACAUGCCACAGACGUUGCCAUCCUCAUGCUGCAAUGCCGUCCCAAAGUUUCCAGUGUACACAAAAUUUAACAGACCAAAAUCCUAUGCUGUUCCAGAUAAACAAGACCCGAUAGAAAGAGUCACAUCACCUUUUAGAAAAGUGGAAAUCACUGCAAGAUCCGACAAAAGUGAUAAAACAUCCGAGGGAAGUGAUAGAGGAUCUCCAGCUGCUUUCCCUCCAAUCAAAUCACCAAUCAGGGAACUUGUCUCAGAAAGGUCGAAUAGAUCUGAUAGGUCCGAUUCGCCUCCGCAACGAGAUCUUUCUCCAAAACCUCGGACUGCCGCUAAUUUGCUGGACGUUCUCCACACAUGCCUUGAACACAUGCCAAAAGAUGUGACAAGCAAUCCCGUUGCCGUAGGAGAUUUCACCAUCACUUGGGUGACAAAAUGGGUUGAUUAUUCCAAUAAAUACGGUUUUGGGUUUCAACUUUCAAACGAUGCCAUUGGCGUGCUCUUCAACGAUACGUCACGUAUUGUGAUGUCACCGGACGGAAGAGCCAUCCAGUAUUUUGACAUGACUGGAAAACUGUCAACAUUCACUGUCGAUUGUGUGCCAGAGGAGCUCGAGAAGAAAACCACACUGCUAUUGUACUUUGCUAGGUACAUGGACGAGCACCUAAUACAGGGCGGUAAUGUGGAGACAUCCAGAGACUCGGAUGACUAUGUGUGGGGUGGAACUGCUUACCUCAAAAAAUGGUUCCGCACCGGAAAAGCUAUCGUGUUGUACCUCAGUGACGGCACCCUACAGGUGAACUUCUUCGACGAUCACACAAAGAUCAUCAUGAGCUACAUGAAGAAUGACUACUUCGUGACUUACAUUGACGAGGACAGGACUGCCAGUACUUACCCCAUGGUCCACAUCAUCCAAGAUGGCUGCCGUAGAGACAUUGUGGAGCGUAUGGCGUUUGCCAAGUCCAUGUUGAAAAAUCUGGUGGACAUAGAAGGCGCCGAUAUUUAAAUGUGAUAUAACACACAGUAUUUAUUCAGUGCAAGCAAGCGUCCGACAUCACCCAUGUGUCUUUCUUUUUUCAUCCGUGACGUCAAAGCCGGCCCUGAAAUGCCUGUCAGGCAACUAGACGUCCAUGUGACAUAAAAAUUGUGAUAUAACAUGUAUUCCCAGUUGUUUAAGCAUUGAUUUACUUUGCUUGUGCUUAUGGAAUAUUACCUCUCUUUCGAAUGCCCAUUGAAAAGAAUGUGGGAAUAUUGUGUAGACAUGUCAGAAUUGGUGGAGUUACUGGUGACAAUCCAAGUCUUUCAUUAUUUGUGCCGACACUUCAACAGGGACAGAUGAUCAAGUCUGUCAUUUUGUUGUCGAAAUUACAAUGAUCUCUAAGAGUUACAAACAUCUUAUUAUCGAAAGAUAUGAGUGAAAAAUGUAAUCGUGGUAGUCCACAAAAUAUUUUGGAUUGAAAUGAUGUGUAUCAAACAGUUUCUUUUAAUUGGAAUACCAGUAUCACAAUGAUAUGUUCCUGCACGUUGUGAUUGUGUAUAAAAUCGUUCAGAGAUUGUGACGAUUUUGUAUUUUUGUCGAGGAGAUAUGUGACUAUUUACUGCUUUUUCCUGCCAGUACUCCUUUGCGGUUGUGUUAACCGUGACUUUGACUCAUGCUCAUAACAGCAUCACAGUGCUCCAAUUCCCAUGCAAUUUCGUUUAAAGGGAAGUCCACAUGUAUUACGUAAUUAUUUAAUUUGUUUUGAUCUCAUUUGCCAAAUCAAAAAAAUGAGUUUUAGCAGUGAAAACAAAAAAUAAACACGUUGCAAUAUUUUAAUCAAGUAAACAAUACGUUUGGCCAUACUGUCUCCUCUAACUAUAAACGUAUGUCUAACAUAUCAAAGGAAGGUCGUGUGAUAUCGAUCCGUAUUUCCGUUUCCGGUAAGGUGUCACUCAGUCUCAGACCCUUACUGGAAUGGAGGCAUCGGACAAAUUACUUGUUCAAAUAAUGAAUGGUGUAUACGAGAUAGAUGGGGUAUUUUUCGUACAAGGACCAAACUGUCCAUUGGUAUUCUGACAGAGUAUAUUGAAAACUUUUUCCAUUUGUGAUAAUUUUGUUGGGAAAAUUUGCUAGUCAAAAAUUUACUUGAAAAAGAAUCAUUCCAACAGUUGAUGGUGAAGGAAUUUGAUAAGCUUUUUACAUCUGUUCAGUUUUAUUCUGGCAUGCAUUUGGCAUUCUGCUUUCGAGCUUGUAUACAGUGUAUGUUUCAUAAGUGCUUGUUGUGUGAACAUGAUUUACACGUGUAUUGUAUUAACCUGAGUUAGGUUAAAGAUCACGUGUUGUAUCCACUGAAGGACCAUAAUUAUAAAUGAUCUCAUUAAUAUGCAAAAUGGUAGGUUUAUGUACAAAGGUAUGUUAGAGAUGUGACCAUUUAAUGCAUUUUAGAGGUGAAAGAGUGGCGAGGAUAGGAAUUGAAUCACAGAAUCGCUAUAAUUACUGUACCGAGGCUACCAAGUCGAAAAAAAGAGAAUUUGUUGAUGAUUUUGUUGAUGACAUUGUUGAUGGUGAAUAUUAUAUUUGUUGAUUAGUGAUUGAUAUUAAUUGAGAAUUGUGAAUGUAUAUGGUUUAAUGGAUCUAUUCUGUGACAAUUAGCAAGGUCAAGGUAAUAACCUUCACUGACCUUCCAUCAGCUGCAAAUGUAUUGUUGUGUCAUAGUAUACAAGACUGUUUAAGACAGAGUGUCAUAGUAUGUAAGGGUGUAGAAGACAGUGUGUCAUAUUGUGUAAGGCUGUAUAAACAGUAUGAAGAAUUGAAUGACUGAAGAUCGCAGAAAUAUGAAUACGUAGAUAUAAAUCUGCCUCCUUAGGUAAAUGUGUAGUAGUUAUCAUGUAAUCUACUGAGCCAUGAAUUCGCGUUAGAUUAUGAUAUGUAUCUGCACAUGUGAUAUGCUGGGAUGUAAUUGAGAGUUUAGGAUCGUUUGCUGAAUGAAUGAAAUAAAGUGAGUGUGUGUAUGUGUGGAAUCUAAUGUACACGUUUCACUUCCUUAAGUGUGAUUAAAUGCAUUUGUUACAAGAGUAGAAAUUCCAAUAUUUUGUAAAUUAUGAUUGAAGAGAAUGUAGUCAUUAUCUGUCCAGUGUGACUGACCUAUGUUUGCCUCUUUUUGCAAUAAAUACGAAAAGUCUACGAAA